GACGUGCAAGAGCCAUCAACUUCCUCCACCUUCCUUUUCCUGUGAUUAUUCAACAACCUGCCCGCAUUAUUUGCGAUUUAAAAAGGUUCUACGGCCUUGUGUGAAGAAAAUACACGAUGGCAGUGAGGCUAUUAUCUAAACUAAAGCUUAUCCCAGAAUUGGGAGGUGCCGCGUAUUCGAGCUCGGCCGCAGCACCUGCUACUGUGUCGGACUUCGAUAUCCAGCACAAAACACCAGUUAUUAGGAAACAGUCCCACAUUCCGAAGGCUCACUAUGGAGGAAGACACGCUGUUACGAUGCUUCCAGGCGGCGGUAUCGGUCCGGAGUGCAUGGGUUACGUCAGAGACAUAUUCAAAUACAUUGGAGCCCCAGUAGACUUUGAAGUUGUGGAUAUCGACCCUAAUGUGGACAAUGAUGAGGAUGUGCAGUAUGCCAUCACCACCAUCAAGAGGAAUGGUGUUGGACUUAAGGGCAACAUCGAAACCAAGAGCGAAGCUGCGUACGUUACCUCACGUAACGUAGCCCUGCGUAACGAACUAGACAUGUACGCUUACGUGAUGCACUGCAAGUCAUACCCCGGACUCACCACGAGGCACAAGGACAUUGAUGUCGCUAUUAUCAGACAGAACACAGAAGGUGAAUACGCCAUGUUGGAACACGAAUCAGUGGCUGGCGUCAUCGAGUCCAUGAAGGUGGUGACCGCCAGCAACUCCGAGAGGGUGGCCAGGUUCGCAUUCGAGUAUGCCAAGAAGAACGGACGUAAGAAGGUGACUACGGUCCACAAAGCCAACAUCAUGAAGAUCUCCGAUGGCCUGUUCUUAGAGACAUCCCGCCGUCUUGCAAAAGAGUAUCCGGAGCUGGAGCACAAUGACAUGAUCAUUGAUAACUGCUGCAUGCAGCUUGUAGCCAAGCCUCAUCAAUUCGACGUGAUGCUGAUGACCAACCUGUACGGCUCCAUCGUGUCCAACGUGGUGUGCGGGCUGCUGGGCGGCGCCGGGCUGUUGUCUGGAAGAAACUACGGCGAACACUACGCGGUGUUCGAACCUGGCACUAGAAACACAGGCACAGCGAUCGCCGGCAAGAACAUAGCCAACCCCAUCGCCAUGAUCAACGCCUCCGUCGACAUGCUGGAGCACCUCGGGCACCACUUCCACGCGGAGCUGAUCCGCGGCGCCGUCACCAAGACCAUCAACGUGGACCGCAUCUUCACCCCCGACGUGGGGGGGACCGCCUCCAGCACGGACGUGGUCAAGGCCAUUAUGGGUAAUAUUGGACAGGGGCUCGGACAUUUUUAGAUACUGGUUGUUGGUAGGGCCAUAGAAAAAAAUAUUACAUUGUGCAGGCGCGUAAGUUAAAUAUUGCAAACGAGAGUAAGUUAAAUCGCAACGGCUUGCCGGAGCGAUUUAUAGACUCGAGCUUGCAAUAUUAUUACGCCCCGAGUUUGUUUUUACACAACACUUUGUUUGUUUUGACAAUGUUUUUCUUCACACUUGCGAUACAAAAAUGAAGUAUAAAGACAAAAAACUGUUAAUUAUGGUACUAUAAACUUCAUUACUCCCAAGGGAAAACGCUUUUUCCAUUACUCCCGCUAUGCCUGCGUGCAAUUCCACAUUUACUGAGCGAGUGUGAUGAAAAAUACAUAGAAUGCUCACUCCAUACAUCAGUCUUGGUACCAAAACGACUAUUAUUUUCGUAGUCGACAUCUAGCAUCGAGUAGCGGAAUUAUCAGUACUGCUACUUGACAAUAGAUGUAGCACCGACCGAAAAGUCUAAUGCUCAACAAUUUUCAGCUAAUAUUAUAACCGGAUUAACCGGAACUCUAUUUCCAACUCCUUCCGCUUCUAAUAUUAAUUGUAAAUUGUUGUUCAGUACAAUUUCCGUCAUUCGCGACACACGUGACAUCUAGUGUCGAGUAGCAGUACUGAUAAUUCCGCUACUCGAUGCUAGAUGUCGACAACGAAAAUAAUAGUCCUUUUGGUACCAAAACUGAUGUAUGGAGUGAGCACUCUAUGCUUACUAUAUUUCUCUAUGGUAGGGCUGAUUUGUCUUUACGUCACAGAUACUACAUAAACUAGACGUAGAAAAUAAUCGAAAAUCUGUCGAUAGUCAUCGCAGUUGGUUAGGGCGAUCACUGGUGCUAUUCAUCGCAAGUUCUUACUUGAUGCGGUGAAUUUUUUCCUAAAUCUUUCAAUAAUAACAUAAUCAUUUUAGUGACUGGGAUAUAAAAGCAGAGAUGACCUUAUGACAACCAGUAGUAUCAAGCUUUUAAAGGGUCGAUCAAUUUUUUCUUGUUAUUUUGUUCCGUAAGCCAAAACGAGUAUGUGUAAGUUGGUUGUGAUGUGACUUGUUCCCUAAUAGAUGGUGUAAUAUUAAGCUUAUACUUUUACAGAAGCCUACUUUGACAAAAUUACUACAAAAAAUUGUGUUUACUAAAAAAAAAACCUGUGAAUUCAUGGUUUUAAACCAGUUGGAAGACGAAACACAAUGGGUUAUAAGAAAAAAUAAUCGAUCCAUUUAAUGAGAUUUAAAACUUAGAACUUCAUUGUAGAUGACGCCACUGUUAAUAAGAAAUUUAAUAACAGUAGCGACAUCUGUUACCAAAGCGCCAAAAUUAGUGAAAUCCCAAAUACGUCAUUAGAACGUGUGAAAUUAAAUCGAUUUUGGUAAUUUUGGGACUUAGGUAAGGCCAAAGUGUCUCUUAGUUUGAUUUUGGAAAAGUGAUAACUUGAAUCUUUAUAGGCAUCAUUUUUCUUGUUGGUGAGCUAAAAUUGAGAAUAUUUUUUAGAUUUAGGCCGAUUUGUAAAGUAAAAAAUUAAUACGAAAUUCAUCAUAUCAUCAUCAUAGGCCUUUUCGUCUAUUGCAGACGAUUUAUGGUGUAACACCGGAGAAACACGAAAUUAUAGCGUGAAAUAUUACUUACAUACCUUUAUGUACUAAUUGUUAUUUAUUUCAUUAUUCUUAAUUUUAGCUGAACCAUACAGUAUUCUACCACACUUUAGACAGCAACCAAAUAUGUUCGAAUACAAUUGUAGUACUUAAUAGUACCAUUUUAGUUCUGUACGCUUUGUCAUAGACAAUUUUUAUUUAUUUGGAGUUUUAGAUGUAGACCAUAGACAGUAAAUCAGCCAAUUAUUUUUUGUUAUGUAACAAUUGUGUCAAAAAUGUACCGCUAAAUAGUUUCCAUGUGUCGACAAUAAUUUGAAAUCAUGUAUUUAUUUUACCAUUUUUGUAUUAAAUUUUCACUAAUUUAUUUCUGUAGAUAUUAUUUAGACAAUUUGUAAAAAAAUGAAAAUUGAAUAGCCUUUAUCGUCUGCUUUGUCACUGAUCUUACAAUAAACCUUAUGCUUUAUAUUUUAAGGUCGAAUAUUGACUAGCAAAGAUCUGUUAUGAGGCAUUCGAAAAUUUAAGUACAAGAUGUAAUUAUAAAAUAGAAUUUCAGUUACCGCUGUGUAAGUAGAUAAUAUUUAUUUAUUUCAAUUGUUUUAAUAUUGGAAAUAAAAGCCAGUAUUAUA